AUGUGUGUCACUGUUGAAAAAUGUAUUUUGGUUGAAAAUGGGGCUCAAACAAGGGCAAUAUCUAGCUUUUUGGGUGGAAGAGACCCAUUUGAUGACCCUUUUUUUAAACACCCGUUUGAAAGCAUGUUUGAGUCGAGCUUCUUUGGUCCUUCUGGAAGUACAUUUUUGGAUGCACAUGCUUCUGGGUUGCUUGAACACCAGCCAUCCCAGCCCAAUGGAACCAGGGGACCAAUAAUUGAGGAGUUGAAAUCUGAUGACGAUGAACAAGAAAAGGAAAGGAGAAAGGAACUUAUAGAUAGUAAUCCAAGUAAGCAUGGCAGGUCUAGGAAAGAGCCUUAUGUGGAGUAUCCAGAUGAUGAAGGCGCAGAGAAAAAGAGUAAGCAGAUGACUCAACAAAAUGAUUUUAACCAGAUGCAUGUAAGGUCACAUCCCCAAACACAAAGCUUCACUUUUCAGAGCUCGACUGUGAGUUAUGGUGGUAGAAAUGGGGCAUACUUCACCUCAUCCAGAACAAGGAGGACUGGGAGUGAUGGUUUGACGUUGGAAGAAUGUAAAGAAGCUAAUUCAUCUACCAGACAAGCAACUCAUAGGAUCUCAAGGGGGAUUCACGACAAGGGUCAUUCUGUUACUCGGAAAUUGAAGGCAGAUGGUAGAGUGGACAUGAUGCAAACCCUCCACAAUCCUAAUGAAGAUGAACUUGUCGGAUUUGAGGAAGCAUGGAAAGGAAAUGUGAGAAGGCUAACUGGCUGUACUGAAGAAUUCUCUGCUCAAAAUGGUAUGGGAUUUGGAGGCAGUGGUCCAAACAGUGGAAGUUUGGCGCUUCCUUCUACCGGAAGAUCAACCAAUUUUGGAUGCCCUAAACUGUACACUGGACAUGGGGUCGGUCCUCCUCAUUUGCUACAGUCGGGAAUGAUGAAAACAGAUGCUGGUGACAGGAUACGCUCGUCCAUGGUUAGAUCCAAAGGAGUUGGCACCAGUAAUGUAGAUCAAGUGAGGAGGCGUUAGUAAUGUUUUUACCUGUUACCAUAUAAAUCUUUUUUGAAGCCUCAUUUUCGACUCAGAUAUGUGAACACGUCCUUUUCUGGUUAUAUUUCAAAUAUA